UGUAAAUACUUUUACAUGUAUUCAGUUAGCUCAUGGAAAGUUUCAAAGGUUUCAGAUCAAUAAAUUAAAAUGAUAGAGCAUAUUUUGUUAUAAUAAUGUUGAAAAUAGCUUUAUCUACAGCAAGAAAACAAGAUGAAUUAAUGUGGUGGAAUGAAAACUCGUUCAGUUUAGUGUAAAAACCGUUGCAUCAGCCCCAGGCAAUAACUAACCGACUUUUGCGCUACCUGACCUUGUACACAUUUCAAUCAGCUGUUCUUGCAGGAAUAGGACAAGAAGAGAGAAAGGAAAACUUGGCUCGAGCAGAUAUUUUCAUGGAUGGAACGUACAGAGACGAGGCUUCAUUACGAUUCCUUCAUCCAAUAUCCAACCGUGACAAGAACGUACGAAAACAUGCAUUUGAUGCGACAGUUAAAACAGUUGAAACCUGGUUGACAGGGUACGCUACUCCUUUCAAUUCGUUAGAGUCUAUUGCUAGCGUGAAUGGAGUUGGAAACAACUUGGCUAUCGGUAAACUACAGGAAAGAAUCCCAGAUCUUCUUCGUCUUGUGUGUGGAUGUCCUUUCAAAGAUAUCAGAGACAAAAGCAAAUGUCUUCUAGAUGACCUGAAGAAAAAGGGUAAAGGUAAAGGUUUGAAGAUUCCAAAACGACUCAACAAUGUUAGCUACUUCAUUCCAGAAAAAGAGGUUGUUGCUGUUGACUGCAAAGAUGAACAAACACAAAUGUUGUUUAUCGAUGCGUUUAUCCAGAAUAAUCGCCUGGAUCACAUAACUCAGAUGAUGGGGUAUCACCCGCACUACCUUGACUGCUUUCUACGAACGCAGCAGUAUCUGUUACGAGGAGACGGACCCCUACCAUACCACUACCGACAUUAUAUUGCCAUAAUGGCUGCGGGUCGUCAUCAGUGUAGUUAUUUGGUGAAUCUCCAUACGCAAGAGUUCAUCUUGGCGGGAGGCGAUCUCAGUUGGUUAGACGGUGUUCAGUUUAUUCCGCCAAAGUUACGAGAUUUGUACGAAAUUAACAAAAUACUGGCACACAGACCAUGGCUAGUAACAAAAGAUCACAUAUCAAAACUUACAAAAGGAAAAGACAACUGGUCCAUAUCGGAGCUUGUACAUGCCCUGAUAUUGUUGUCACAUUUUCAUGCAUUGUCAAGUUUUGUAUAUGGUUGUGGAAUUACUCCGGAGGUAGAUCACGAAGGGGGAUACACAUACAACAGUGGUAAAUCGUCGCCGUCAGUGAGUAACGGCAAUAGUAAAUCUUCCAGUAAACACAGUUCUCCAUCGUCAUCAUUCUCAGAGUCUGGUGGAGAUUUGGGUAUAGAUGUGCUAAUGGAGAGAAUGAAACGGCUUACUGAGUCUGAUGACACAAUGGAAAUGACAUCAGAGGAACUCCUACAACAGUUUGAGAAAGUGGAAAAUCAAAGUGCUGAAAUAACAACAAGUGCUAACAUACCUACGCCGAAGAAAGAUGUAUUAAAGUUUGUGCUAGAACCUGAUUUUGUGUAUCAAGACUUUGCAAAACGUGGCAGUCAGAGUGAAAUUCCAUCGUUCCGAGCACAGGAAUACUCCUGGGAAGAUCAUGGAUUCUCUAUGGCCAACAGAUACUAUUCAGAAAUUGGAACGCUCUUAGAUGACAAAUUUACAUGUGCUUAUAAUUUAACCUACUACACACUUGGUGAUAAAAUGAAUGUGGAUACGACCAUGUUCCGACGGGCAGUUUGGAAUUACAUUCACUGUAUGUACGGUAUACGUCACGAUGACUACAACUAUGCUGAAGUGAAUCAGAUGUUGGAAAGAAACUUGAAAGCUUACAUAAAAACUGUAACAUGCUACCCAGAAAGACUAACCAAAAAAGACUAUGAAAGUGUUAUGAGAGAAUUCAAACAUUCUGAGAAGGUGCACGUGAAUCUGAUGUUACUGGAAGCGCGGUUACAGGGAGAGCUGUUAUAUUCCCUGCGAGCUGUCAUGCAGCACAUGACAUGAACAAUUUUCCGUCUCCAGGACACAAAAAUACACGAGCUUUCUUUCACACAAUCUCAUACCACUUGGUGACGGUCCGUAACCAUGGUGAUGGUAAUCAUGGAGAGGAAAGAACGUCACAUUGGGUAUUCCUUGUGUCACAGACAUUUACCAGCGUCAGUGGGCUUUCCAUCUAAAAUGCAGAAAUGUUUUUAAAUAUGUUUUCAAUAUAUAUACAACGGUAUCAAAUAUUUUUAGAUAUACAUGACCACGCUAAUUAUGUUGUAUCUUCAUGGGUUUAUAAAGUAUGUAAGUGUUUUUUAUGCGGGUAAAUGAUAGCAUCUCAUUUGUCCUAUAACGGUAUCACACUGAUAAAAAAAAGUGUGCAUUGUCAACAGAGACUAAGUAAAGAUAGGUGUACAGUUUCUAUGAUGUUUAUCAUGUUGAUAUAAAUUGUCGCGGUUUCCCCUGAUAAUAUAUAUAUUCACUUAGUACAGUGUUAGCAAAUGUGAGACAUUAUUAAAAACCAUCCUUAAUUUUUGUACUUGAGUUAUCAAGUGUAGAUGUGACUGAUGCAUUAAGGGGAAUGUCUCACACAAAAUUGCAGUUGGGUAAUCUUGGGGAAGAUGUUGUAAAAUGUUGAAAGUUGUCAUUCGUUCAGUUUUGCUACAGUUAGGUAGAUUAUUUAGAGCAUAGUGUCUACAGUUAGGUGGAAUUGGAGGAUUUGAUGGGCAUUAAAUGAGUCAUUUUUUUCUUGAGAUUGCGUUAUAUUGGUACAUCGAAAUGGUGCAUAUAUUUUUUGUUGUUUUGGCAGUUUUUAAAGAUGCAAAUGAAAGAAUUUUUUUAAGAGCACCAAAGUCAAUGUAAAAAGAUGUUUUUGCCAUAUUUUCCAGUGAGCUUUCAGUUUUGUUUGUUUUAGUGUGUGAGUGAGAGAAGUGUUGAUGAAAGGAGGUCAGUGACCUUGACUGUUUGACCUUGACCUGUAAAGGUCGUGUGUGUUAAUUGACCUGUAAAGGUCGUGUGUGUUAAUCCUUCAUCUGUGAUACAAGCUGUAGUAUUUUAUAUGAUUAUAUUUUUGAGUUUAUAUAGAAGAGGUCUGAUGAACAAAGUAGUUUCUGUUUAUUUUGCAUAGAAAAGAUUUAUCAUGUGCUGUGUCUGAAAUGUGUAUGUUAGUGUAAAAGACUUUAAAGAAUUAAUAUUGUUUAGAAACAAUAACUUUAAUGAACAAGCAGUUUAGUUUUGUUUAGUAGAUUUACCACUAACCUUUAUUGUACACUUACAAAUUGAAUGUUUAAAUGUCAUGAAAGUGUUAAGUCAGGCAUACCAGUAUUGUAUAGUUUCUUUCUCUUGAUUUCUGUUGAAAACAAAAGGACAUGAUAUUUAAAAUUCUGGUUAGGAAAAUGGUAAAAAGACUUAUUUGUUUGGACCAACAAAAGUGCAGUGUCGGAUAGCUACAAAUGCUUUUUUAGGCUACUUCAUAUGACAUCACAACAGAAUGACAUGUAAUGUCAUAUUUCAUGUCAUUUGUUGUGUGAUAACAUGUAGUGUAACAGAAUGAUAUACUUAUGGGUGAUUAGUGGUAAUCUUUGUUGACUGUCAUUUUUUUUUCUGUUUAUUAAUGAUGCUAAGUUAUUAGAUUAAAAUUUUCAGUUCUUAUAUACUUGUUUCUGUUAAAACACACUUACGCUGAAAUAACAGCUGUUAACCGGCGAGGACAUCAAUGUUUUUGUAGCGACCAAGAAAGAGCGCUACUAUAUUUAAUCUUCUAUUUUAGAUAAAGGGCAUAUUAGAAUUAAAAUAAUGUACCACAAAAUCUUAUUUGACUCAAAAUUGGUUAUACGUUGCCAGAAUAAUUUACUCAGGCUACGUCCUCGUGAAAUUAUUCUGCAGACAUAAAAUCUUUUUUGUGUUUUGAUCGCAUUAAAACACGAUCUUUAUAUACAUUAUUUCUUAAUUAAAAUAUGCUCAUUCAGUAUUUACAAAUGUUCACCAUGAUGCAGAACUUUAGCAGAUACUGUACACUGUCAGAUACACCUAUAACAAUAAUUAGGUUUUUGAUGUUAGAAAUGUUCUUGUGAUUUCAUUGAAAUUGUUUUUGUUACUGGCUUUAUUUAAUUUAUACUGUUAUAUUGAAGUUUUGUAGAAAAAUAGCAAGAAGCUUUCAUAAAAUCGAAACUUGUAUGUGAAGUCCAUGAACUGUUAAGUAAAGUGUUGUUAAAAUUACUUGGAUACUUUAAAGGGUUAUUUCAGAAUCUGAAAAAGGAAGUUUUAAUUUUUAUUCUACUUUUACUAAGAAAAAAUUAAGAUAGUUUCAAUAGGGUCAGUGGUUAUCCAUUUGUCUUUGUUUUUAUGUUAGAAAUUGGUCAGUAAAUAAAUCUUGAUGAAUAUGUAAGUUUUUUGGAUAAGUCGGUAUAUAGAGUAAGUCGGUAUAUAGAGUAUGUCAGUAUGUGGAGUUUGUACUUCUAUGUUCAGAGAUAACUGGACGUGGCAUACCUCAGAUUCUGUGACCAGUAUUAUAAAAUUGCAUUAUAUAUAAUUAAAUAUUUACCAUGACUAGUAACUACUUGAUUUUUUUUUCAUGAAAAUGCUUUUAAAUUUAGGAUUUUAUUUUGCUAUAGCUGUUUUUUUUUUAUUAUUUGACAAUAUUAUUGCAGCACAAUAAAAAACUGUAAAAUAAAAGUAUUUGAAAGGCACGUCGAUUUAGUUAAAAAAGAUAUACAUUAUCUAUUUAGAUAUAUACCAGUCUGUUUAGAUAUUGGUACAGUAAGUUUAUCAAUGUUGUAGCAGCAUUAAGUCAAUUUUGCAUGAUUUCUGGAAUUAAGUCGGGUACCUUUGUGAUCCUCAAAAAUAAGUAAAACAUAAAAAGGUCAUAUUUGUUAAUUAAAAUUUGAGGAUUUUUUUUUUGCUUGGACAAUGUGCUCAUGAACAUAAGUGGAUGUAAAUGUAAAGCUUGGUUACUCCAUUAUAUAAUACUGUAAUAUCCUUAUAUAUUCCAAUGGACCACCAAUUUUUCUUCUUGUUUUGUUUUAUAGUUUACCUAUAUCUCACAGAUACAGUGAUUGAUGCAUUCUAAACGAGUGAAAUAAUUACUGUGCCUCAGCAUGUUUUAAAGUUUUGUAGUUUCAGUUUAGCUGUGUAACAGAUAUGUGGGGUAAAAUAUUACUUGUUGAUUGCAGGUUACUUAUUACUUGUAUUUGCUGCUUUCUUGCUGUCUGUCUGUAUGGUAUACAUGGUUGUAAGUAAAAAGACUGCAAUGCAGCCAAGUGCUUGCUGUCUUCAAGCAAGUUGAGAAUCUUGCUUUAGGAGGAAAGUAAGUUGCAAGGUGCUUGCUGUCUUCAAGUACAUUGUUUUAAGAGGAAAGUAAGUUGCAAGGUGCUUGCUGUCUUCAAGUAAAUAAAUUGAGAAACUUACUUAAACAUGCAAGUUAGUUGCAUUUAAGUGAGCGAAGUAUUUGUUAUAUAAAAUACUGUUUAGUUUAGUUGCGGAGGCAGAGCUACAAUGCUAUAAAUCUCUUGUAUAAACUGUUCUGUGAUAGAUCUGAUUCUUUGUUUUGUGCUGUUGUUUCAUUGUUGCUUCACCCCAUUUGUGCCAUUAUGUGGAACAAUUUUAUUUAAUUGGUGAAUUCUCACUGUAAAUAUUGUAUUUACCUUUGACUUGGUGUCAACAAUGGUUUGAUUGACUAUCUUGGCUAGACACGGAAUAAGCAUUGAUAUGUUUUCAAAUAACCUGGCUAUUUGUAUCUGGUAAAACUUUAACAUAAUUUGGUAAAUGAGAUUAUUUUGACCGAUUGGACAGCCAUCGUCUUGAUUUCUAGUUGAGUUUCUUUGUUAAAAAUCCAUAGAAGUAAACAUAAAAAGGGUGAAUUCAUUGGGUUUGAUACAAGUUCUUAUAAAUAACCUUAAAAUACAGUGUAAACCAUGUGGAUGACAAAAUCAGACACAUUUUAUUCAUGACUUAUAAAGUGUAUUAUGUGAUUGCAACAUUGUAGUUAGAUUUUUUUCAGCAUUUUAGUGUGACUACACGUUUAUUACACGUACAUAAUGGCAUAGAUGGAGUGUAUGUUCAUAUUUUCCUUUCACCAUAUGUCAUCUGUACAAUACUCUUGUUUGUGGGCUGUUUUGUGAAAUUUAACAAAAAUGAUGUUUGUGGGUUUUUCUGUGAAAGGUUGUUAUAAAUAGGCUUUAACAAUUUUAUGCUUGGACAUUUUGGUGCCAGGCUAAAUACAAAUCAUUGCUAAAUUGAUCAAUUACAUGUUUGUAAAUCGUAGCAUACAAAGUCCACCAAUUUUGAUUGUCAUCUUUAAAAUGUACCUACCCUCUAAUCUAAGAAAAUGAAAUUAUUUAAUUUUCUGAUAAUUAUUCUUGAGAUGGGAAGUGAUCUGGUUUAGGGUGUAAAUUAAGGGGUACUUGUUUCUAAAAAUGCUGUAGUUGAUGAAUAGACAGUAAGCAUUAUCUUGCCAUGGUUAAUGUCUUCGAACAAAUUAAGUGUUCUAGAAAGUUUGUAAUAUUGUGUUCUCAAAGCAGUUGUACUGUUGGUUGAUAAAAAAAAGUUUGGUUUGAUUAUACCUAACAACACAUUGUAGCUUGCAAAACACAUUCCUAGUUAAACAUACACCUUCGUUACUUCUAUUUGAACUUAAUUACAGCUUUUAACUGCAGUUAAUGUAUUCACUGUUUUUGUUUACAUGAAAGAAAAUGUUUAAAGGGAGGUAACAGCAUUAAUAGUUUGUGUGUGUGCUUGGUUAGUAACAUUCCAUUGAAGUUAUUCUAAAACUUUGCAUUUAACUUUUAGUUUUGACUUUUGGGCAAGUUAAAAAGAAAAUGAAAUGAUAAAAAAGGAGAGAUGUUUAGAAUCCGUUAAUGGUUCCCUUUCAAGGCAUUUUAUGAAUAGAUAAAUAAUUUAUAUUGUCAUGGUAAUAUAUUCUUGGGAAUAUAACCACAUGAUUAAUAACAAAAAUUAACUUCUGCAAAAUACCCAUUGUAAACCUAUUCAUACACAUUGUGUGCAAUAUUUGUUUUUUUUCUAUUUCUUGUACAUUUAUAUGAAAUAAUUUCUAUAGAGAUUAGAAUUACAGAAGAAUGGAAAAACAUCAGGAAGUUUUGUGUGAAUUAUACAAUCAAACAAUACCAGUUUGCAUUAGAUUUUGCCAAACGUACCGUAGGGGCAUAUAAUGUCACAGUAUACCAUGGUGAUGCAUUGUGUUGCACCAUGUGGACACCUUUCAGUGCACCACGGUAAUGUAUGGUAUAUCACCAUGGUGAACAGUCAUAGCGCACUACAAAAAUGUGCAGUAGUGCACCAUGGGGGUGCAUAAUGAUGCAUGUAGAUGAUGUAUGGUAGUUCACCAUGGUGACCUGUCAGCUGUAGUGCUUCACGGGGAUGCAUGUUAGUGCACCAUGGUUGUCUGUUGUAGUAAGGUGAUGUAUGGUAGGAUACCUAGGGGAUGCAUCAUAAUGCACCUAGAUGAUAGUACCUAUCAGUCAGAUAAUAAUCAAAACUUUUUGUCAGAUUGCUUCAUUAUAUAAGAUCUUUUUUUCUGAAACAUCAUAAAUUGAGUUAUCUUUAGAUAGAUGUAUAAAUUGUAUAUAAUACAUUAACUCUUUUGCAUGUAUUAGACUAGCAAUGUUUCCAAAUAUUGGCUUAGCUUCCACAUGAUGUUUGAUAGAGAAAAAAAAAGUUAUUUGUUUAAUGUUAGAAGAUAAGAGCCUUUGAACCACCACCGGCUUUGUGCUUUAUUGAAAAUUAUUGAAUAAAAGAAUUGAACUAGAA